CCGCGCAGGCUGCAGCGCCGUGCCCCACCGGGCUCAGCACCGACAGCCAGGACCGCCAAAGCAGCGCCGGCUCCCCUAAAGGAGCACGCCUCUUCCUUCAGCUGUGUGAAGGAGUGAUUCCAUUUCAGCCUUUUUAACCCUCGGAAGAGACCUCUGAGGAGACACCGUGCUUUCCCCGCCUAUUUUCAGAGAGAACUCUUCAGAUUUUGAGAUAAAACCUCUGUUUUCUCCGAGCUCCUCUUGUGAUGCUCACUAAAAAUACGGGGCUGCUUGGGAAUGAGAGCUCUUCUUGCCUGUUGUGCAGUGCUAUUUUCCAGGCUUCCUGCUGGUCCCCACUCUUGCCUCUGUCACUCAGGACUUUGGAGCAGAGAUUCUCUUUUUCAUACAGCUCCUGGUUCACUGCAGAUCUACCUUUUGACUGGAAGCUCUAGGUGCUAAACUGAGAAACAUGCUGGGAUGUCCUGCGUGACAGCGUCCAUGGACGACAUUCAGUUUGAAGAGGCUGCCAGGGUUGGACAAAUUAUUGCCAUCAGAACAAAGGUGAACAGAGCAUUCAAAACCAGCAUGGAGGUUGGCAUCAAGGUGACAGUACAGGAUGUUUUGACUAAUGCUGAAAAGAUUGUGAGUGUGGCAUAUGCAACAUAUGUGGCCAAACCAGUUGGUGGUGGAAAGGUUGAGUUAAAACCUGUACAGCUUCUGUCUGCAGAAGACCACCUGGAGCACAGCCUGGCUAUUGAGAGGAGAAGAAUCCGUCUGGGCUAUGUCCAGGUCUUUCAGAAGCUGAUGCAGGAGAGCAACAAGGAAGAUAGUUUUGAAGACAAAGAUGCAGUUUCAACUGAGCAUACUCACGUACAGAGCACUGAGCUUGUCCUGCCUCCUCAUGCAAACCAUCAUGGAAACACUUUCGGUGGCCAGAUCAUGGCUUGGAUGCAGACAGUGGCAAGCAUUUCAGCAAGCCGCCUGUGCCGUUCACACCCCAUCUUGAAGGCAGUUAACAUGUUCAAAUUCUGGGGGCCAUCCUUCGUGGGUGACCGCCUCGUCUUCAAUGCCAUUGUCAACAACACUUUUCACAACAGUGUGGAGGUUGGUGUCCGUGUGGAGGCUUACAACUGCGAGGAGUGGAUCAAGGACCAGCCGCGGCACAUUAACAGUGCAUUCCUCAUUUUUAAUGCUUUGAAUGACAAAGGAGAGCUGCUCACCUUCCCCAGGGUCAAGCCCACUGCUCAGGAUGGUGUGAGGAGGUACCACGGAGCUAUUGCCAGGAGGAGGAUUCGACUCACCAGAAAAUGCAUGCUAUCUGCUAAAGGAGACAAGCCUUCUGAUGCCUGGGAGACAAGCAACCAGGCUUAUUUGAGUUACAGUAACAUAGCUGCACUGACACGCCUGGCAGGAAAACCAGGGUGGGACAUAACCAAGACUCUGGAUAAUGUGAAAAUCUGGACCCACGAGGAGGGUGCUGUGCUGUCAUUCAAGGUGGAGAUGCAGGUGAAGGUGUCAGCCCACGUGGCCUUUUCCCUCCUGUCCGACUUCAGGCUCCGCCAGCGCUGGGACAGACAUUUCCUGACGUGCGAGGUCCUGCAGGCUGUGAGUGAAGAGGAGAAGAUCUACCACGUUACCUCUGCCCCCAUGACAGGCCACCAGCCCAGAGACUUUGUGAUCCUGGUGUCCCAAAGGCAGCCCUGCAGGCCGCAGGAGCCCUACACGGUGGCCGUGAGGUCGGUGACGCUCAGGGCGGUGCCCCCGAGGCCGGAGUUCUGCAGGAGUGAAAUCCUCUGUGCUGGGUUCCAGAUCCACAGCGACAGCAGCAGCUCCUGCACUGUGUGUUACUUCAAUCAAGUGACAUCAGGAGUUAUGCCUUACUUAGCUGCAAAUCUUACUGGCUCAUCAAAAUCCAUUGAAGACACUGCUUUGGAGUGCAUAAAGUUCUUGGAGCUGGAAGACAGCAAGUGCUGAAGUUAAAAACAGAUUUCUGAAGGGACAUCUGAAGAUUAUCAAGCAGUUCUGGUUGAAAUUCCUGCAAGGGUGUCAAUCAUUCUUCUGUAGGUGACUUGCUUCAGAUCAUGUAGUCAGUAUUGGGCUUCAGCCUGAAAAUACCUGGUACAAGCAUUUUCUAUCAAACCAAGCUUAGGCCUUAGGCUCUAAAUUCAAUCUUUAAUUUAAAAAAGAUUAAGGAACAGAUUCUGCUUUUGAUUGCAUUAAUGAAUUUUAUAUAAAUGGAGGCAGCACUUGGCUCAGUAGAGCUGUAGUUCAUAAGAGCAUUUCACUAUUUUAAUGUUACAUUAAACAGAGUGGCACCCAGGCUGUUUUAAAAUACCAUCCCUUGUAAUCUGCAGAAACCAGUGCUACCAAGUAGCUUUGCCUGUGCUCUGACCUGGCUGUGCAGGUCCUUGCACACCAUUAUUUAUAAACUUAGUGACUAUGUAAAUUAGUGUUUGCUGAUGUCUGUACUUUAGUACUUGUCGAUUUAUGUGUGACUCCCAAUAAAUUAUUGUUUCUGAGGUUA